AGCAGAGAGCCUGCACAGCAGGUUAGAGCCCCUGGGGGAGGGGCGAAGAAGGGAGCCAGUGCAGGAGAGGAAGGAACCCUGGGAAGGUGUUUUGAAGAGCAUUAGGUGGUGGGAAAACUCGUGCUUGGAGCCUGUAACGAAGGUAGCCAGAGGUUGGCCUCCAACAUUUGCAUCCUCAUCAUUCUUGACUAGCCUGGGAUGGACACCAACCAAGACGUCGCAGCCAUCGACAGUCACAGAGCCCUCCAAAUAUGGAUUACUGAGAACCUAAAGAUGCUGCCACUGCCUGAAAGGGCUCAUGGGAAUUUCUUCGAGGAAUGCUGUUAUGUCAUCCUCCACGUCCCUCAGAGCCCAAAGGCUACCCGGGGAGGGUCCGGCGACCUGCACUACUGGAUCGGCAAGGAGGCCAGCGCAGAGAGUCAGGGGGCUGCAGUCACCUUCCUGCAGCGCCUACAGGAGGCUCUAGGAGAUGGGACGGUGCUGCACCGAGAGUCUCAGGGCCAUGAGUCCGACUGCUUCCACAGCUAUUUCCGCCCCGGAGUCAUCUACAGGAAGGGAGGCCAAGCCUCUGCUCUCAAGCAUGUGGGGACCAACAUGUACAACGUCCAGCGACUGCUACACAUCAGGGGAAGGAAGCAUGUGUCUGCCACUGAGGUGGCCUUGUCCUGGAACAGCUUUAAUAAGGGGGGCAUCUUCCUGUUGGACCUGGGCAAGGUGCUGAUCCAAUGGAACGGACCUAAAACCUGCAUUUCUGAGAAAUCACGGGCGCUGACCCUGACUUGCAGCCUCAGGGAUAGGGAGCGUGGUGGCCGUGCCCAGAUUGGUGUGGUAGAUGAUGAGAAGAAAGCCACAGACCUCAUGCACAUCAUGGAGGCCGUGCUGGGCUGCAGGAAAGGCAGCCUGAGUGCUUCCGCGCCCAUCAGCAGUGUUAGCCAGCAGCAGAAGGCCAACGUCCGUCUCUACCAUGUCUGCGAGAAGGGAACAGACCUGGUGGUCCAGGAAUUGGCCACCCGACCACUGACCCAGGACCUCCUGAAAGAGGAAGGCUGCUAUCUCCUGGACCAGGGUGGCUUCAAGAUCUACAUGUGGCAGGGACGAAAGUCCAGCCCCCAGGACAAGAAGGCUGCAUUCAACAGGGCUGUGGGUUUCAUCCAGGCCAAAGGCUACCCAAACUACACCAAUGUGGAGGUGGUGAAUGAAGGUGCAGAGUCCACAGCCUUCCAGCAGCUGUUCCAGAUGUGGUCGGAGGAGCGAGAUGGGAAAAAACAUAAAGGGAAGACUCCCCAUGCAGAUAAGCUGAUGCAGGCAAAGCCGGACAUGGGCAAGCUGCACACCCAGCCUGAGCUAGCGGCCCAGCUCAGAAUGGUGGAUGACGGCUCUGGGAAGGUGGAGGUGUGGUGCAUCCAGGACUUACAAAGGCAGCCUGUGGACCCCAGGCACCAUGGACAGUUGUGCUCAGGAAACUGCUACCUUGCCCUCUACACCUACCAGAAACUUGGCCGUGUCCGGUACAUCUUGUACCUAUGGCAGGGCCACCAGACCACCAUAGAAGACACCAACGCCCUGAACCUCAAUGCUGAGGAGUUGGACCUCAUGUACCAGGGAGCGCUGGUGCAGGAACAUGUGACCAUGGGCAGAGAGCCCCCCCACUUCCUAGCCAUCUUCCAGGGGCAGCUGGUGGUCUUCCAGGGGUGUGCAGGCAACAGAGGAGAGAGACCGCCGACAUCCAGCCCGAGGCUGUUCCACGUGCAAGGGACCGACAGCCACAACACCAGAACCAUGGAGGUGCAAGCCCGUGCCUCCUCCCUCAUCUCCAGCGACAUCUUCUUUCUGGUCACAGCUGACAUCUGCUACCUCUGGUUUGGAAAGAGCUGCAGCGGGGACCAGCGUGAGAGGGCACGGGUGGUGGCCGCUGUCUUCCCAGGAAAUGACAUGGAAACGGUGCUGGAGGGUCAGGAGCCGCCCGACUUCUGGGAAGCCCUCGGGGGCCGGGCUCCCUACCCCAGCAACAAGAGGCUUCCAGAGGUCUCCGGCAUCCAGCCUCGACUGUUUGAGUGUUCCAGCCCCUCAGGCUGCCUGGUCCUCACGGAAGUGGUGUUCUUUGGCCAAGAGGAUUUGGACAAGUAUGAUGUCAUGUUACUAGACACCUGUCAGGAGAUCUUCCUGUGGCUUGGGGAAGCUGCAGGUGGGUGGAAGGAGGCUGUGGCCUGGGGCCACGAGUACCUGAGGACUCAUCCAGCGGGGAGGAGCCUGGACACACCCAUCGCGCUGGUCAAGCAGGGCUAUGAGCCUGCCACCUUCACCAGGUGGUUUGCCAGCUGGGACCCCUACAAGUGGACGAACAACCAGUCUUAUGAGGAGGUGGUGGAGGGAAGCCUGCGACCAGGGGCCGCCAUCUCUGAGAUAACAGCAGAAGUACAUAACUUCCAGCUAACUCGACGGCCGAGUGAUAACAAGGCAGGUCCCUCAACCCUACCGGCCUCCAAGGGUUCCCAGGAUUGCCUGGAGAAAGAUCUGGAGCUGGGCCUCAGCGCUGAUGGCAAGGACCCCAGUAUAAGCAGUUCCACCGGCAGCUGCUGUAGCUCAGUGGCCAAUGGGAGCCUGCCCCGGGAAAGGCUGAUGCACCAGGCUGUGGAGGACCUGCCACAGGGUGUGGACCCUGCCCGCAAGGAGUUCUAUCUCUCAGACUCUGACUUCCAAGACAUCUUUGGGAAAUCCAAGGAGGAGUUCUACAGCAUGGCCAAGUGGAAGCAGCAGCAAGAGAAAAAGAAGCUGGGCUUCUUCUGAGCUGGGGCACCCUGCUCGUCACCCCGAGUCUCCUCCUGGAAUACCCACCCCCCAAUAAAAGCCAGUGGUGUGUAA